UUUCUCAUACUGAUACUGGAAUGUUUCCAGGAGGAAGUGCGAUACUUCAAUGAUUCAUGAUUAUAAGUGUAAGAUUGUGGAAAUUCUCAGUUUGAAUAUGAAAAUUCAUAAUUUUCGCGAAAUUCUGCGGUACUCGCAGGGGAAUCCCUGGUGGCAGGUGAAAAAACUGGGCGACAGUACCUGGAAUAAUAUUUCAGAUGAUCUUAAACUGGUUUUUCUAUUAGUGUACCAUUAACAUGCCAUUUGCAAGUCUCAUCUAAAUUUCCAAGAUGACUGAGUUGACGCGUCGGACUUUCCAAUCAUUUUGUGCUUUAUUUUUUUUUUUUCUCCUUAUGAUGAGUUUUAAGGAAGAGUGUGCAGCAUCCUCUCGGAAAAGUGAGAUAAGUGCACAUGGCCUUGAUUAUUUCUGCCUUUCGGUUGAGCCUGAGGAGCACAAGAUGCAGAGGUGGUCAGGCGAGCGUAUAAAAGUAAUAAACUCAGGUGUUGUACUUCAUCCUCCCUCUCCACAUGAUUGUCUUUCACCCGGAUUAUGUUAGAAGACGGCUGAGGUGCCUGAAUAGAUAAUCGGUGGAAAUCGCGGAGCUACGACGUCCACCAAUUGUGGGAACACAGAAACAGGCCGUUCUCGAUUUUUUUUUUUCGACGAGUUCUUAAAAAAAACUUCAAUUCAUCAGUGUUUAUUGUGAAUCGAUCAUGAAGAUCCAACUGGCAAUUUUGGUAUUUUCAUUUUUCGUGUCGGAAAAUAUUUGUGGAUCCAGAUCAGCUAAUCUGGAAGUCAAACUUCUGCACGUACUGUUCCGUCAUGGAGAUAAGGUGCCCCAUAAAGAGUACCAGAACUACCCCAAUGACCUGUGGGGCAAUCACUCGUACUUUCCCAUCGAAAAUGGAGGUUUGACGAAUGAGGGAAAACGACGAGAGUAUAAAAUAGGAGAAAUGCUGAGGGAGAGGUACGACAAAUUACUAGGCCCUUAUUACUCACCAGAAUUGAUAUACGGACGUUCAACUGAUUUAUCAAGAACCCAGAUGUCCCUUCAACUGGUCAUCGCGGGAUUAUUUCCACCUAGUGAAGAACAACUGUGGAAUCCAAGACUUCCCUGGCUACCAGUCUCCACAGUCUUCACUCCUAGUGAACGCGAUGGACUUCUCUUUCCUCAUCAUUGUCCAGAAUAUGUGAAGGAAUACAGGAAAUUUCUGAGCCGAGACAAUAUCCAAGAGAUUAUUCGAAAAUACAAGGAGCCGAUGGAUUAUCUGACUAAAUACACCGGUAAAUCUGUCGAUAGGACGUCUGCAGUUUAUUAUCUCUAUAAUUUAUUCAAGGAACAGGCUGCACAAAAUCUGACGCUCCCUCACUGGGUACACAAAGUCUAUCCAAAUCCCAUGAAAGAGAUCACAGCCCUGGAUUUUCAACUCAGGUCUUACACGAAACGACUCAGACAGCUUAACGGAGGUCCACUGCUGAGAGAAAUCACGGAAAACAUGAAAGCCCUGAGAUCGGAAAAUCUGGAUCCACUGAAUAGAAAAGCUUUUCUCUACUCUGCCCACGAGCUAAAUGUGGUUUCCAUGGCGAGAACUCUCGGUACGGAUGAUCCUGUCGUGCCACUGUACGGUUCUGCAAUAAUAUUCGAAACCCUGAAGGACGAAACUAAUCGCUUCUACGUGAAGGUGCUCCUGUGGACCGGAAUUACUGAACAGCUGGUGAGCCAGAGGAUUCCCGGCUGCCCUGAAUUCUGUCCCCUUGACGACUUUCUCGAGAUUUUACGGGACGUAAUUCCUAAUGAAAAGGAGGGCGACUGUUGGUCAAACCAUGACUAUCAAAACCAAAAGCACCAACGGAUGUCCGAAGGCUCAUCCAGUCACAAAGUCCUUCCCCAGUACCUAAGUCUCAUGACACUUGUUAUCCUAGCCUUCAUGUGGUAUUAGUGCUAUUAUUUCAUCAAGUGCAAUAAAAUGGAAGGGAAGUCGAAUGAUUCCAAUAGUCUAGAGGCCAUUGGGUAUUAAUUCUUGAGAAGAACUGGAGUUGAAUCUAAUUAAUCUUAAGAAUACGGAAUUUCACUGGUCGAGGCUGUCUGCAGACAGGAGUUUGCUUAAUUAAUAAAUAAUUAAUAAAAUAAAGUUCAAUUAAUUUUUGUACAGAAAUUUA